AUGGCUGAGGGGGAAAUCACCACCUUCACCGCCCUGACCGAGACGUUCAACCUGCCCCACGGCAACUACCAGAAACCCAAACUCCUCUACUGCAGCAACGGGGGCCACUUCCUGCGGAUCCUGCCGGACGGCAGGGUGGACGGCACCAGGGACCGCAGCGACCAGCACAUUCAGCUGCAGCUCAGCACAGAAAACGUGGGAGAGGUGUACAUCCAGAGCACCCAGUCGGGGCAGUACCUGGCCAUGGACCCCAACGGGCUGCUCUAUGGCUCGCAGCUGGUGGGUGAGGAGUGCCUGUUCCUCGAAAGGAUCGAAGAAAACCAUUACAACACGUACGUCUCCAAGAAGCACGCGGACAAGAACUGGUUUGUUGGGCUGAAGAAGAACGGGAACAGCAAGCUGGGCCCACGGACUCACUAUGGGCAGAAAGCCAUCCUCUUCCUGCCACUGCCUGUCUCUGCUGACUGA